GGUGAUAAGGAAGGUGUGAGUGACUAAGCUGCUGGCUUUGAAAUGCAGUCAUGUUUUCAGCCUGGAAUUGCAGUGUGCUCUCAAGCCAGGGACAGCAGGUUUGGAUGCCCUUUCUGCCACCUGCCCAACAGCAGCCGGAAGAGUGGUCCCUCUGCCUCGUGGCAGGAUCUCUGCAGAGAGGGUCCUCUCAGAGAGACAUAGAGCUGACCCAAGAUCUCAUUGGGCUCACUAGAAAAACUCCCAUUGACUUGAAGGGGAGCAGGAUAAGGAUCUUCCAUCAAGGCAUCUAUCCAGAUAGCACCCUCUUUGCUUUAGUCAACUCUGCAACCAGCAUCUCUGCUAGUGAAGUUGAAGCAUGGGAGCGGGAGCAGCAGAGUGAGACUGAUUGAGAUAGUUGGCUUCUUUUGCUUCAGGAAUCCAGUCCUCUCCUGCCUGUGUCAAUCUGCUCUUGCUUGGCUGGAGUCUUUUGUGGGGAGGCCUAUCUCCCCCUGCCAUGCUGGCUGCUCAGUGAGUUGAGCCCUGUAAUUGCACAUGGAAUAAUCUGCGGCACCCACACCAGAAAGAUUCAGAGAAUACAAAGCACAGCCAUCUGUUUUCACUGGGGGUGCAGGGUGGGGAAUGAGGGAGGGUUGCUUUCUCUCCUUUGCAGCUGCCCUCGAGGUGGAUUUCACUUCCUUCCUUGCAGUAAACUGCCCAUCUGCAAAUCUCUCCUCUCCCCCAAUGCCCGCACCAGUUUGUAUUGUUUGUUCUUGUUCUCAGUGGAGGUAGCAGGGGAGAAGGAGCUGGGUACUGGACUCACCCUCUGGGUGUCUGGAGUCCUGCCCAUAUUUUUUGGAGACCUGCAGUGUUUAGGAUUUUGUGUGUGUGUGUGUGAUAUAUAAUUUGUCCUUCCCAGGCUGCCUACUUUAUCCUUUGUAAAUGUUUAAGCACAUAUGCUAGUGAAACAAUAGCUAGUUAGGAGACUUAGGGGCAGUAGAACCUUCGCUCAAGAAGGAUGGAGUUGUGCCGAGCCCCUGAGCAAGAAGAUUGAUCUGUUACAGGAUGGGUAACAAUCUUUGUCUCUGAAUUAUUUCCAUUGCAAAAUUUUAGGCUUAGCCCUGUUAUGUUCUUGUCUGUCUCCCUGCACGUGUGAGGGUCAUUGACUCGAGGCUCCAUUGCUCCAGCCAAGACAUCCCGGAAGAGAUCUGGCACUGGACCUAGUCCUGUCAGAGAGUUUGCAUAACCAGAAUACGGACAGAGAGGGAGCGCGUCAUGCAUAACAGAUUUCCCUGCAGAAUGAGCUUUCAACAUGAUACUCACUUAGCUUAUAACUAACACUGACCUUCUGAAUUACUUUCUCCUCUCUCUCUCUCUCUCUCUCUCUGAGUUAUUCAUGUAAGCAGUGUCAGGAUGAGCUCCACCCUGACAUCUGGUGGUGAGGUGUGGCAAAGAACUUCAGGGGCUGAUCUCAUUUGCAUAGGCACACCCACCCCGCCUAGAAUGAGGCCAUAGCUUCCCAAAUGGUCACUUUGGCUGCUGUGGGAUCCCCAGUGUCUCUGUUAUUGGGGCAGGAAGAAUAAAUUGUUAUUACCCUGAUUAUGGGAACUGUGCUUGGAACUGUACUUGGCCUUUUGUUAUGAUGGAGGGACUCACCAUCAACUAAGCACUCGCUAGGCAAGGGUCAUGGGUUUUAAAUCUCUGUGAAUUAAGAGAGGCUGGGGACAAGUAUUAAUACUUGGUGGUAUGGGUCCCUUGGUGAGGGCCUUAUAUGCUAAUUGCCCUUCCUCCUCUCUCCACUGUAGAAUAUCAGAGUUAAUUUUGAUUCCAUUAGGAGUCUAGUUACAGGCUGCUGAGCUCACUUUGGGCUAAUGGUGCACCAGCAGUGAGGCUCCCCUACUGCAAGCUGAAUUUACCAAAGAGAUGAACUGACUAAGAGCUGAAAUCACUGAGCAUUGUGUUAAGUAGAGGAGGAGCCUGAAGAUAUAUUGUGGAGCAGUUUGUGGGAUGGCUGGAGUGCCUUGUGGACAGGCUGGUGGAGCAGUUCGUAGGAUGGCGGGAGCUGCUGGUGGGACGCGGAGCAGUUUGUGGGAUGGUGGGAGCUGCUUGUGGGCCGCGGAGCUGAAUGAAGGAGUUCGUGGGGCGGCUGGCGAAGCGAAGGCCUAUGGAGCUGUGGGGCGGUCAGCUUCAGAUCAUGUAAGGUGCCUCUUACCCCCGUCCCAUCUCCACCCAGGUUGGGAGGUAAAGCUCCGCAGAUAAACUUUCGAACUCUGGGGCUGCCCUGACCAGGGACAGAGUCUUUUGGGUCAUUGUACUUUUGGGACUUUGGGUGAUUUGGGGUUGCUGGACUCAAGAACCAAAGGGAAAGGGGCAUGCCCCAAUUUGCUUGGGGUGGGUUUUU